AGACCGCCUCUGAUGACGUCAUUAGCGCGGGAUGCUCCUUGAGCGCCCCCCAGCGGCCGUCGACGGCAGUGAUGGAGCUGAGGCGGGGCCCCACAGAGAAUCCUGUUCCGUUGCUGGAGGGGCAGGGGCGUGGUGCGUGCUCUGGGGGAAUUCAGGCCAGUCCGCUGCCCUGCCCGCUCCACCUGGCCCAACCUAUCUCAAUCUGGCCUAUUCACCCCUUCCCAGAUCUUAGACUCUGCGUUGGAGAGGGCGUGCUUUGAACAUCUCUGGAAGGCACUGACAAAUGUCUGUGAUGCGAAUAUAUUAAUAAAUGAAUGAGAGUGAAUAUUCCAAAGUUUUGGAAUCCCGGCCCCUACAGCACUUUCCGAGAUACCUCUAGUCUCUCAUAAAGCCCUCACCACUUCUUUCCCCUCCCCAGUUAUUCCCUCUGGUCUCCAACUUUCAUCCACCCCCACCCCUCAGCCAAAUCUGGGAGGGAGGGGUGUUCCUCCCCAAAGAUCACAGUUCUCAGGAAUCCUGUCAGACUCAAGAGGGGUCAGCUCCUCUCACAAGAAAAGGAGCUACUCACAGAAAGACCUCUUAUCUUUGACCCCUUUCUCUCAGCCCUGGGCUUCCAGGCAUGGGCUAGCAUCAAAUGCAGAGGUACAACCUAGGUGUUGUGUGCUCACAGUGGGGAGAGGGCCAGAGAGCUUUUCCCCAUGCACCAGAGCCUGGUGCCUUCCAGGCUGACCAAAGGAACUCAGCAAUAAUUCAGGGGCCCUAGUUUUUUGGAAUGUGUUGCCAGGAAACAGGGAGACAGGCACGUGCAUCCCUGGGGAGAGGAAUCAGUUUCCAGCCCAGACAAAGCAGUGAAAUGUAAGCCCAAGGCACUGACUGGGGGCCUUGGGACCUUCCCACUCUAUUUCACAGAGGCUGAGUGUGGACAUAGAGCAAGGCCCUGUUGAGGGCACAGCUAUAUAGCUAUAGUCAGAGGGGCACCACUGUGGGUCCUGAACCUAAGGACUUUGUAAAUGGACUUCAUGACUGGAAGAGGAUCUUUCUGGAGCCAUUCCAAAUGAUCAAAUUCAAGAACUCCUGGGCUCAGGAAGGAGGCUUCUGUGGAGAGAGAUGUCUUCAUUAUUCUUGGCCAAUAUGGGUCAAGAUCAGGGGCUAAGUUGGCAGACACCGACUUUUACCACAGACUCCUUUGGAUUGGGUUUGCCUGCUGGGCACUGUGCCAUCUGGGGAGGCUGGUGUAUCUUUAAUGAAGUCAUCUGAUCCCUGGGGCAGGCUCUGAGCCUCACUGAGUUCCUGGAGCCAGACCUACUGGGUGUCCACUCAGCCACCACCUUCCCGUGCCUGGGUGCCAGGCCCGUUUCCCUUGCAGCCAUGAACCAGGCCUUCUGGAAAACCUACAAGUCUAAAGUACUGCAGACCCUGAGUGGGGAAUCUGAGGAGGACCUGGCAGCGGAGAGGGAGAACCCAGCGUUAGCGGAGUCUGAGAUGGCAGAACCGACUGAAGAGGCCUUCAAUCCCAUGUCACAGCUGGCCCGCCGGGUUCAAGGGGUUGGGGUGAAAGGUUGGCUGACAAUGUCAUCUCUGUUUAACAAAGAAGAUGAGGACAAGCUGCUGCCACCAGAGCCCUGUGCUGACCACCCCCUGGCGGCGCAGCCUGCCUCGGAGGCGGCGGUGGCGGCGGCAGAGCCGCGCGGACCGGGGUUCUGGGACUCGUUCGCCAGCAGGUGGCAGCAGCAGCAGGCGGCGGCGGUGUCCAUGCUGCGUGGCGCAGAACCCACCCUGGAGCCGGACCCUGAAGUCGGGGACGAGGCUGCCGAGCGCCCCGAGCCGCGGGAAGCCGAUCCCGCGGCUGGUUUCAAGUGGGGCUUCCUCACCCACAAACUGGCCGAGAUGAGAGUGAAAGCUGCGCCCAAGGGCGACUAGCCGGCCAGCCGAACUGGUCGCCCGCUUGUCCCCUCCCGCGAUAAAAACCUUGGCCUGACACCUUGUGUGACCGCGUGCUUUUGUCCAGACGGCGGGAAAGGCUGCUUUGGGGUGGACAACCUCAGGGCGGGGUUCUGCUGGAGUGGUCCUCACCUUCUCCCCUACAAACGUACAGGCAUAAAAUAUGCAGAGACAUCCCAGGUAUCUGGAUAGGCUGUGCUCGAUUUAGGGUACAACUUUUCAGGAAUCUGGGGAACCCCAGAGGACACGUCCCGCCUUCCUGUUCAGCUCCUUUUAAGUCGACAAACUUUGUCUGUGGCCCUGCUACGUGCGCUGUCCCAUGACUAGAGGAAGGUCAGUGGCUAACGGCAGCCCAGAUCCAUACCAACGGACCCCACAUAAGAUGACUAGUUGGCUGAAAUAAGGUUGUACUUGGGAGCUCAGAGAUGAGGCCCACUAAGAAAUUCAAGAGUUCCUGAGGGAGAAUGCAUAUAUGUAAUCUUAGAAGGAUGAGUAGAGAGAAAAGGGAAGGUAACCUAGGCAAAGGGAGGAGGAUAGUGAAUAAAGACUUAGAGGUGUAAAUGUGUGAGGAAAACAGGGGACCUUCUGCUUCUUUGAGGGAAAGGGAAGCAGUGACAGGAUGUGAGGCUGUGGGUUUUCAAAAUCCUAGUUUGAAGGGUCCUUCUUAAUUGUCCUCAGUUCUGGAUCCUCCACAUCUCAGCCCUACAAUACCUAGUAAUCAAAAGGGACAGCAAAACUCCAGGAGGAGGAGCCUUUUAGGGGCCGGUGAACCCCAGAUUCGGAAACAGACCCCUCGCCAAAACUCCCCAAAAGCAC